AUGUCCUUGCAAGAUCUCCACGGAAGUCUGGUUCAGGGCAAGAGCGUUGGAACGUCAGUUCUGCAGGCGGCCUAUACAAAGCUUGUUUCAGAUCAACCUUUGGCGUUGCUGCCGUCACUUCAGAGGAAAGAGCGUGCAGCUUUGAAAUUUCAGGAUGCUUCUGAGAGGGCUCGCAAAGAAAGUGAGUCUCGAGUUCGCUUUGCUGUGUUGCUUGGUGGGUUCGUGAGGGAGGCACAGCUCCCAGUGGUCGCUGAAAUCGCUGCUUUAGCAUCUCCAGAAGCAGGGUGGAAGCGUCUGUUUGGUACAAGAAGGAGCAAGACCCUUCGGAAUCGGUACAGAGCAUGGAAACCAUUUCGUGACUGGUCAGCGACUACGAAAGGCUACCACUGGCCGCAACGAGCUGGCGAUCUUGUGGAGUACGCGGAGGAGCUCUACGAGUCUGGUUGCGGGAAGACCGCGUUAGAUGCCUUACAAGCUGCGCUGACAGUGCUUGAGUCUGCAGGCAAAGUACGGGAUUCAGAGCUUCUUUCAGGUGACACACUUUGGGUUGCUACACUGAGAAGCAUCACAUCAGAUCUGGUAGCUGCGCAUCCGCCAAGGAAGCCAGCUGAGCUACCCACCGUGGCUACUGUUGUGGCAUUGGAGUUAUCAGUCUGUCAGGAGACGCUCCCGCUGUACUUCCGUGCAAUGGCUUGGGUUUUCCUUUUGAUGCUCUGGUGCAGCCUUCGAGCAGACGAUGUGCAGGGUCUGCUUCCCGAGAGUAUGUUGCUAAAUGGAGUUGGCUUCAGUGCCACGCUGGGAAAGACGAAGACCACGGGGCCAGACCGUCGAGUACGCGACAUCAAGAUCUUUGUGGCGCGGGAAACGAGUCUAACUGGGUGCGAUUGGCUUUCUGAGGGCCUAGCCAUCUGGACUACUUUUAGCAAGCCUCGUGACUAUCUUGUUUUGGAAGCAAAGGAUGACUGGAGUGGGUCGACUGGGAGAGCUGUCGACCCUUCUGCACUGACGCUUUACCUACGGCAUGUUUUGGCCAAUCUUCGGGGUCCUCUAAGGAGGCCCAACGGGCAGUGGGUUCUCAAUCUGCAAGUCAGGCUGUAUCCAAACCACUUAGAGUCAUAUAUUACUGCCCAUGCAUUGCGUGACUGGCUUGCUUCUUUGGCAGCAGCAUUAGGGGUGCCUAAGCCAGACCGAGAUUUCCUGGGGCGAUGGAGCAUUGGCUCGGCUGGGGGUUCAGCUGACUAUGUGCGCACAUCUCGUGAAGUGGUGCAGCGCGUGCAAGACUUGGUCGCCAAGACGUUGGUCACUGGCAAGCCUCGCCCCUACCUUGAGCACCAGGCUUUAGAUCGUUUGGCUGAAGCUAUGAACCUUCUCGAUCAGAAUGGUGCCCAAGUGCGAGCGCAUCAUGACAUCCUGCGAAAACUGCCUGGCGCUCCACGCUUGGGUGGGGAAUGGCCGACCUUCAUUCCCGGUGCCGAAGAGGAGGAGUUGGUUUCAGUGCAUGAGCCCAAGGUUGGAAGUCAAAGCGCUGCCCCCACGCAGCCCAAGUAUUUCAUCACUGUUUCAAAGCACACCGGUUUCAGAAGGCUCCACCUCAAUGGUCAGUGUUAUGUCAAGCCCUUUAAGUGUAGAUCUGUUUCAUAUCAUGAUGUCGUUGACGGCGCUCAGAUUGAUGCCAUUUGUCGUGAUUGUAAACGGCGCGUGCGGAGGGAGACUGGCGAGGACCCACAAGAGGACUCGUCGAGCACGUCGGGCACCUCCAGCGGCACGGAGGCCGCUGAAGGAGAGGCCGCGGAGUGA